AUGGAGUUCCAAACUGGCCAGGAUAAGGUGGCUAAUGCCCCUGUCUCUCAGGAUAAGCUUGUUGAAUUGAUUGAGACGAGUUAUGUAGCUGCGGGUGCUUCCCCUGGGGAGGGUUCCGUGAAGGAUAAGUUCUUGACAAAGGUUCUAGAACAACUGGUUCAGCACUCUUCACAGUACAAGUAUGUGAUUUCAAUGACUAGUCUGAAAGGUGAAGCUAAAGAUAAUGAUGUUUCUAUGUCAAAUGAUAUUGGAGCAGCUUGGAAUAGCAAGAAAGAUGGAUUUUACAAUUAUACACUGGCUAAUAACGAUGAAAAGUUCCUAGUGACUGUCUUUUGGAUCUCUAAAUAA